AUGGCUAAAUACACUGAAGAACAAUUGAUUGAAUUGAAAUCAGAAGCAUAUAUUCCAAACCCACCAAUUUUGGAAGCUUUCAAUAAAUUAAUUGAUGAAGUUAAAGAAUCUAUUGAACAACAUCAUCAACAUCAAAAGAAAUGGAAUAAUGGUGAUACUUAUAUAGAUGAACAUGGACAUGAAAGAUCAUAUCAUCAUAUGAAUAGAAGAAGACAAUCUAAAGGUUCUGUUGGUUCAGCUAGACCAAAUUUAAGAAAAAAAUCAGAAGCUUUUGUUGAUGAAGAUGGUUGGGCAACUUUAGCUAAACCAAAGAAAACUUCUUUUGCUGAAGGUGAAGGUAUAGAAGAAAGAAAUAAAUUUAGAGAAAAUUCAAAUAAUGGUGGUACUGUUAGAGCUAGACCAAAUAAUAAAAAUUUGGGUAGUUCUAAAGCUGUUGAUCCAAGAGAAAUUAUUUCAGAUAAACAAACUAAAGCUUUUAAUGCUUUUGCUGCUUUGGAUGAUGACGAAGAAGAUGAUGAUGAAUAA